AUGACGACGACAACGACGACCCAGCAGCAGCAGCGAGAGCAGCACACGCAGCAAGCACAGCAGCCACAGCAACCACCUCCAAACACACCUGCCCAACCCUCCCACACCCACUCACGCCCAUCCACCAAAGCCAGAAUGCUUGGAGAUUACGUUCUCGGUAAAACCCUGGGCGCUGGCUCUAUGGGCAAAGUCAAGAUUGGUGUACACGUCCUUACCGGCGAGAAAGUCGCUAUUAAGAUUAUACCACGCUUCACUUCCACAAACGCUCUAAAUUCAAUCCCUCCAAAUCAGCCAAAACCUACUCAAUCCUUUAUCAACAAAGCUCACAACAAAGAUCUCUCCAAGGAAGUUAGAACGGUAAGAGAAGCCUCUAUUUGUCUCCUCCUCUUUCACCCUUUCAUUUGCGGUAUGAGAGAAAUGUCCGUUUACUCACAACAUUACUACAUGCUCAACGAAUUCGUCAAUGGCGGUCAAAUGCUUGAUUACAUCAUCUCACACGGUAGACUUAAAGAGAGAAGUGCACGUUCUUUCGCCAGGCAAAUCUCUUCUGCACUUUCCUACUGCCACGCUAACUCCAUCGUUCAUCGUGAUCUCAAAAUUGAGAACAUCCUCAUUUCCAAAACUGGUAAUAUUAAAAUUAUCGACUUUGGCUUGAGCAAUAUCUGGUCCCCACAUUCAAAUCUCAACACUUUCUGUGGCUCUCUAUACUUUGCCGCUCCCGAACUCCUUAACGCUCGCGCUUACUCGGGUCCUGAAGUUGACAUUUGGAGUUUCGGUAUUGUUUUAUACGUUUUGGUCGCCGGGAAAGUUCCGUUCGAUGACCAGUCGAUGCCUGCCUUGCACGCAAAGAUUAAACGUGGUCAUGUUGAUUAUCCUGCGUGGUUGAGUACAGAAUGCAAAUCUCUGCUAUCUUCCAUGUUGGUGACAAACCCUCUCCUGCGCGCUUCAUUGAAUCAUGUCUCACAUCACCCUUGGAUGAUUAAAGGUCAUUCCGGGCCCCCGCACUCCCACAUUCCUCCUCGCCAGCCCCUUCGCCCUGAUAUCACGUUCGACCCUCAAGUCAUCAAAGGCAUGAUGGGCUUUGAGUUUGGUAAUGAAUAUGAAAUAGAGCAUAAAUUGCGCCAAGUUCUCAACUCCCCUGCAUAUCUCAACUCUCUUGCCGAAUGGGACAAGAAAAAUCUCAAGACAUCUUAUAAGUCUGAUCCAGAGUUGAAUAACUAUAACAAUGAUUUGAACGCGCAAAUUCAGCAUACUCCACACCAUCACCGUAGAUUCUCUCAGCAACUCAACAACAAUGUGGAGAAGGAUCUACCGACAUCAAUAAGUGCAGACAACACUCAGCGAACAUCGAGAUUAUCCAAGAGAUUUUCCGGUUUAGAUUUCUACAAGCGCAAAAUCGCUGGCACAUCAAUCGCAAAUGCCUUUACAUCAAUCAAUGACCAGACACAAAUCGGCGAAAAGGAGAAAGAACCUAAGUAUGACACAUCCAAACCAUACCUAAAUCCCACGCAGGGGUUCCAUCCACUCAUCUCCAUAUAUUUUCUCGUCAGUGAGAAACAGCAACGCGACAAAAAUUUCGGUCCUGGCUUGUUCGCCAGCUCACAGGUAUCGUUAGCGACGAUGGCGAACCAAGCACACGCGCAAGUGCACAGUCCCGUUACCCCGUCUGAUCACAGUGUAUAUGCGCAAUAUGAGCGCAAUCGCCCGCCUCCACCUGUAGCGCCCAUACCUCUUCCUCUUUCGCAAUCCGACGAAGAAGGUAUGCGGCGAUCGACGAGCAAUAGCAGCAUGAUGCCAGUCGCUCGCCAGCGCCUGUCGAGCACAAACAGUCGAGCGCGUCCUUUAACGAUAUCGGAAUAUACCCAGGGCACUAACGCCAACGCCGACCAUAAUACGCACCAACAGCACCAGCAACUGUAUGGCCAGUAUAGCCAGUAUGGCCAGUAUAAUAAUUACAGUCAGUACCCCCCAGCGCAACAACCGACGCCUGUUCCCAAUCGCGUAACUAGCAACAUGCACGGGAGUGGGAGUGGGGGUGUGAAUGGGAGUGCAAAUGCAAGUACAAAUGCGUCAACAGUAGUACGCUCGCCCAGCUCCCCAGCGAUGAACAAUUCGCGACAGCAUACACGCGCGCGUGCGAAUCCAUUGGAUGUUGGUACCGCAGCACCUAUUCAGCCGCCUCCACCCGUGCGUGAUGGGAAGGAUUAUCCUCUUCCACCACCUGCAGCGUCUGCACACAGACGGUCACAUUCUCUCAGUCAGAAACCGGAGAUGUCGCCGCCACUCCCUCCUGCUAAUAGUAGUGCAAAUGGUAAUACUAGUGCCAACGCUAGUGCUAAUGCUUCCUCUGCCUCGGGUGCCGGGGCGCCAAUGUCGACUAUCAAUGAGCCAGACACGUCUAGCACGGCUGCUACUACUAAUGGGACUGCUAAUGGUGUCGCUAAUGCACCUACUCAUGCGAAUGGAAAGGGAGGGAUAGCGCACAAAUUCACCUCGUUCCUCCAUCGUCAAUCGUCACACGAGUGCGCACCGGGCGAUAUUCCGCGACAGAGAGUGAACAGCACGAACAGCUACAGAACGGCGAACCGCCUGAGCAUGCUCACCAAAAGCAGUAGCAAGGAUAGGGAGGGUUUGAAGGAGAAGGCGCACAACGAUGCAGUGAACAAGCUCGAAGGUGGAUCGCAUGGAAAUGGAAACAGCAAUGCACACAGUAAUGGCCAUCACUCACCGAACGGCCACCGCCGUGCUUAUACGGUGUCUGAGCAGAAAAGGGAGCACAAAUCAGCGCCAGUGCACCACGAUCGCACUCUGUCUUCAGGUCAGCCUAAAGCUACGACGGGCGUGCAGCAUACGGUUGGGCGCUACUCAGGUGUCGGGCCUUGGAUACAGUCGAGUAAUAAGAAGAGCGCACAGCAGCCACAUUCACACCAACAACAACAACAGCUGCAACCACCUGGCACGCCUACUGCUCUCGAAGUGAUGAGUCGAUCAAGCAGCCGCAGCAACGGAAACGGGAGCGGGAGUGGUAAUGCGAAUGGGAAUGAGAAUGGAGGAAAUAGUACCAGUAAUACUUCGCAAACUCAGCACACUCGGCAAACACCAGAAGAGGUGUUCGAUCCCGUCGAAGAACCCAAGGCAGUAUGGGGCAAGGGAUUGUUCUCUGUAGCUACAACAUCGACUAAAUCAUCCAACACGCUGCGCUCGGAAAUAGGCGACACACUAAGCAGAUUGGGUGUGAGCUAUAGGUUCACGCGCGCAGGCUUCGAGUGUAUACACCAGCCAUCCAUUUCCGUUGGAGGCGCAGGCAGUAAGCGUCUAGAGGGCAGCGUCGAUUAUUCGCUCAAAGACAAGGGUGACUCAAGUGAACAUAUGAAAUUUGGCAAGUUCGUCCGCAAGAAGAGCUCCAAGAUGUCGUUCAACAGCUCGAAGAAAGCAUCAAAUCAUGAUUUGGGCGAAGAGGUAGGCAAUGGGAGUGGAAGUGGAAGUGGUAAUGGGAAUGGAAACAAUCCCAGCGCGUCCAAAGUACGCUUUGAGAUUAAUAUAGUUAGGGUUCCUCUGCUGCUCGGUAUAAACGGGAUUCAGUUCAGACGCAUUACGGGGAAUAGCUGGAGCUAUAAAGCCGUUGCGCAGCGUGUGCUGGGAGAGUUGCAACUUUAG